AACCGCACAUUUUUUUUGAUAACCUUCGCAAUGGCUGGAGCUGCUGACGCAGCCGCACCUGCGGCCCGUGCGCCAGAGGAGUCGCCUUCCGGGUAUCUGACCCGCUUCUGGCGUGCGAAUGCAUCCGCCUUCAUGCGCUGGUUCCUGGCGCUGCCGUACGCUGGUCAAGUGUCCUUGUUGCGCAACGCAUCGCCCGACAUUCCUUUGUCGUACGACCCCAAGGAGCCACGCCCGCAGGCUACACAACUGCUUACGCCUGAGCUGACGCUUAAGGCGCUGCUGGAGGAGAACGGGAAGGUGUUGCUGCGCCUCAUGAAUGCGCGCGUCACCAAGGUUGACCAGUGCAGCCGCCACGAUCUGCUGUACCUCGCAUCACUACGUGCUUCUGGCACCAUGCCCACGUUCUCAGGCGAGACGUUCAAGCACGUAUCCCUGGCAUUCAUCGACCUUGCGGACCCGGAGCACAACGUGCAGUCGCUGCUUCCCUCCGCGUCUCCCGAAAUCAUUGAACAGAAGAAGGACUUGAUCAAGCAGGGCAAGCUUAUGGAAGCGGACGUGUGGCUCACGCUUCAGAUGCGGCAGCAGGUCAUCCUCACGCUUCUCACGAAUGUGGCACACACUUUUGAGACCAUGUUCCUGAAGCAGGUGAUGGUCGGAGAGGUGAGUGCUGCUGAAGUCGGCUGCCGAUACUGCGGCGCGUCCACGCGGAAGGACGAAGGUGCAGAGAAUGCAGCAAGUUUGCUGCGGUGUGCAUGUGAAGCAGCUUUUUACUGCUGCAAGGAGCAUCAAGUAGAGGACUGGACCAACCACAAGACCAGUUGUAAGACAAUCAGGAAGGAGAAGGCUGCUGUGGAGAAGCAGGAGGCAAACUAGAAUGCACGGACGGCACUCCAUUAACUGUGACAUAUACUGGUGAAAAGCAGUGAGCCACGCCA